UUACUUUACAUCUUGUUCAAUUUUUAAUCAUAAAUAUUUAAAUUAUAUUGUUGUUAGAUUAUUCUUACUGUGGUGCGGUGCGGUGGUGCGGCGGUGGUCUAUCGAUUUUAUUGCGUAGUCGUCUCCUCUGUUCAGUAAAGUUUCUGUUUUGGUUCUCUUCAUACCCUAAGUUUUAUCCCAAUGGGAAAAAUAAAUACAAGGUCAGAUUCAUUAGAUUCAAAGUCGAAUCGGAAGUUCGAAAAGAAGCUACAUUUUUAUUCCAAGGUGAAAGAUGCCGUUGCUUCCUUGACUGCGCAAAAGUCUAUUGCUAAGAAAAAUAACCAACAAAAAAGGCGGCAGAAAAAAUUGAAAGCAUACAACCUCUCUUCACUCUUAGAGUCCCUUCCAGAGUUGAAAGCUCCAAGGAAACCAUGCAACGAGGAUAACAUUAAGCUUAAUUGUACUUCUAGACAGAAAUUAGUAUUGAAGGAAGGACAACGAUUGUCUGAUAUUUUUAAGGAUCUUUCCUUCCAAAUGGAUCCCUUGGCUGCCAUUCAUCAACACUUACUGAGCACACGACCUGUAGUAGAAGUAGAGGAACAACCCAAAAAAAAAAGAGUUAACACAAAUGGUUCAAAGAAGAGGAAGAAUAAAUCAAAGGCUGGGGCUGGACAGCAGUCUAUGGAUAUGUAAUCCUUCUUGUGUGGAUGCUAUAAUGGACCCCAUUUCUCAUGGUCUUUCUAUAUAUUGUUAUCAAAUAGCCGCCAUAACGCUAUAACAUAGCAAAAUUUGAACAAAUUGCUAUUGAUCUGCGAUACGUUAGUAGUGUUGUGCCGCUAAUGUGGUGCUAUAACACUAUAUAGCAUAGCAGAAUUUCAACAAAUCACUAUUUUUUUUGAUUUGCAAUCAACAACAUUUUUCUAUAAGUGUACUACUUAGAAGCAUUACUCUAGUUAAUUUGUGAAUGAAGACAUUUUAAAUUUCUUAAGCAAUGUCUACAGUGAUAUGUCCAUGGGAGUUACUCACUGAUUUUUAUAUGUUGAUCUUAAUUUUCUUAA